AUGCCUUUCACCACUUCAAUAGCUGGUCCAUCACGUAUUCCGUUUCAGGCAGUAUCGAACACAUGUCGAAGAUCUUUCGCUCGACGACAUGCCUCCACUGCUGCGGGUGAGGAGAGGACUCCUCCUCGAAAGAUAUCGAGCAAUGUAUUCUUCGCCGAUUGGCUCAAAUCUGAAGGUUCGCAAUACCGUGAACCAGUAAAAGGACAAAAAGCUAAAUGGCUAGGUGAACAAGUGCCGUACAGCAGUAAUCCUACUUUCAGACCGCCCCCACCUCUUUCCGAUUACAUGCAAAAUCAGGUGUACUCCGAUCUUGUACGAGGCCGAAAACCUUCCGAGUUGUCAGAAAAGUACAACAUAAGUAAAGCAAGAAUUGAAGCUAUACGCAAACUGAAGGAAGUAGAAGCAGAAUUCAAGCGAAGAUCCUUAACAUUACAGUCAGCCUUCCUCGAUGGUAUGGAACCCCUUCUCGGCGUACAAAUUCCUGUCAACCCCGGCACCAAACAGCAUGAUGCCGCCCGUGCACGUCAAAUUGAUAUAGCUCACGACUCCCAUCCAAGUACGGGCGCUGAACGACUGGAAGAGCAACGAUGGGAUUCAGGUGUGGGUCAGGAAGGAUCGUUUGGUAGUCGAACGAGAGAAUCAGGCUCCAAGGGUGUUGAGCGAACGGCUUGGGAGUUUAGAGAUGAAGAGCAAGACUUGGAGGACCGUCGAGUAUUAGACACCAAAGAGAACGAGUUGAAGAAGGAUCCAGCUCACCACGGUGUGGUACACGAAGUCCUGAAGAGGGAAGUCAUGACAGCUACUCUCUUUCCUACACCUGUCACCGAACAGGCUGCUGCCAAGAAGGAGAAUGCCAACGCCAACGCCAAGGAAUUGCGCGCAAACAAGGCUCAAGUUGAAGGAGUGACCGUUGGAGGAAUACAUUUUGUAGAUACUUCCUCUUCUAAAUCGGUCAGUGGUGACAAUCAAGGGGAAAAGCUUAGGGAGAAGAGAUUGCGCAGAGUAGAGAAAAAGAAGGGAAUGGAAGCAGCACAAUAG